AUGGACGACAAAGUUAAAUACCUACUUUCCCUUUCCGCGGUGCGAGAGCGUGCUAAGAUCGUAGGAGAGGCUGCUGAAGCAGGCAAGCUGAGUCACUUUGAUGUGCACGAGGAACGUCUGGGCGAAGCAGCGGAUUAUGUGACUUCUGUCAUCAAGCGCGACUUUGGUCCCGACAAAUUCCACACCAUCCCACCUCACGGCCGCUGGCAGCACUUUGAAGUUGGCGGCGUUCCCCGCAUUGCCGACCUCCUCGAUGAAUGGAAAAAGCAUGGGUGCGACGAACUUGAAAUUACGCGUCGGCUGAUCGAUCUCUUCUUUGUUUCGGUAUUGCUGGAUGCUGGCGCUGGGGACCAUUGGCGAUAUGUGGAACCUGGUGCGGGAAAGGAGUAUGAGAGGAGUGAGGGUAUUGCAGUAGCGAGUUUGUACAUGUUCAAGAGUUUGGGAUUUGCUGCGAAGAAGGACGGGGGGCCGAUCGUUGAUGGAAAAGGACUGCAGGACCUAAAGACAGAAGCCCUCGCAGAAGGCUUCCAAAUCUCCUCCAGCAACCCCAUGCUAGGCGUCGACUCCCGAGCCAACCUCCUCCGCAGUCUAGGAAAAUCUCUUCUCUCCCAACCCGCCAUCUUCGGCGAGCAAGGCCGUCCUGGAAACGUCGUUGACUACAUGAAGACCACCACCUCUGACCCUUCAACCCUCGACAUCCUCACCUUCUGGGACGUCCUCCAAAACCUGCUAAUCCCUAUCUGGCCGCAAGACCGCACAGUGGUAAACGGACAAGCCCUUGGCGACGCAUGGCCCUUGUCUACACUAAAGACGCAAUCCAAAGAUGCCAACGCAGACGAAAGCACCUUCAUCCAACCUUUCCACAAACUCACCCAAUGGCUGGCCUACUCUCUCACCGUGCCCUUCACCCGCAUCCUCUCCCUAUCUUGGAAGAACAUGUCCGCCAUGACCGCCCUCCCCGAAUACCGUAAUGGUGGUCUGUUUGUUGACCUAGGCGUUUUAACACUCAAACCCGCGUCUUUGGAGCGAGGACUCAAAGCUACGUCGGAUGGAAGUGGACUUCCGUCUUUUGCUGCCGGCGAUGAUGCUAUCGUUGAGUGGCGGGCUAUGACGCUCGUUUUGGUGGAUAAGCUGUAUAAGUUGGUGCUUGAGAGGAUGCAGGGGGUUGAGCUGAGCAUGGCGCAGUUGCUCGAAGCGGGCACGUGGAAGGCGGGGAGGGAAGUGGCUAAGGAGAAGAGGCCCCAGACGAAGAGUAGUCCGGUUGUCAUUUUGAGUGAUGGGACGGUUUUCUAA